GAAGGUGGGUGGGGCCAGAAAGAACAGACUCCUCCAGAUUCUCAGCAGUGCAGACAGGAAGGUGCACUUGCCCUGCGUGGACCUGACCUCAAGCUUCUCCUUCUCCUCACAGGAUGGACCCGACAGUUUAUGCUGAACUGUUGAAAGAAUCUGGCAACCAGGUUUUUAAGAAUGGGAACUUCGCUUUGGCCAUCAGAAAGUAUGAUGAAGCCAUCCAGAUUCUCCUGCAGUUAUACCAGUGGGGGAUUCCCCCCAGGGACUUGGCUGUGCUGCUUUGCAAUAAGUCCAAUGCAUUUUACAACCUUGGGAAAUGGAAUGAGGCAUUUGUUGCUGCCAAGGAAUGUCUCCGUUGGGAUCCAACCUACUUGAAGGGAUACUACCGAGCUGGUUAUUCCUUGCUGCGACUGCUCCAGCCUUACGAAGCUGCUCGCAUGUUUUUUGAGGGUCUGCAGCUUCUUCAGCGUGGCCAAGAACAGGCACAGGUUGCUGAUUUUCUUGUUGGAAUCUUCACUACUAUGAGUAGUGACUCUAUUGUUUUGCAAAGUUUCUUGCCUUGCUUUGAUCGUAUUUUCACAACUGGAUUCUCAUCAGAAGUGUGGCAAUCUGUAAUAGAAAAGUUGGCAAAGAAAGGAUUAUGGCAUUCAUUUCUACUUCUGUCUGCGAAAAAAGACCGACUACCAGAAAAUAUUCACGUCCCAGAGUUAUCUCUGAAAGGUCUCUUUGAGAAAUAUGUCUUCAUUGGACUUUAUGAGAAGAUGGAACAGGUGCCCAAGUUAGUCCAGUGGCUCAUCUCCAUCGGUGCAUGUGUUGAGAGUAUAGGACCCUACCCUCUUCAUGCCCUCAUGCGUCUCUGUAUCCAAGCCAGGGAAAACCAUCUCUUCAAGUGGUUAAUGGACCACAAGCCUGAGUGGAAAAGCCGCAUCAACCAGAAAGACGAGGAUGGCUGCACCGUCCUGCACGUCGUAGCCUCGCACUCAGGAUACCUCACCAAGCGACAAACAGAGGAUGUGCAGAUGCUCCUGCAUUUUGGGGCAGAUCCCACUGUGCUGGAUCGACAGUCUCGGUCUGCUAUGGAUGUCCUGAAGAGAAAUAAGAACUUCAAAGCCAUCGAGAAAAUCCACAGUCACCUGGACAAGUUGGCGAUGUGUUCUAAAGACCUAUCAGGUCUUAGCAACUGUAAUGGAGCUACUAGUGAGGCUGACAUUUACAGGAAAUCCUUGGAACAGCUGGUGAGGCACAUGAACUCAAGAAACUGGUUAUCGCAUAAAACCUUUAUGAAGCAAGAAGUUGUUCAGAGGUUUUUGCGCCUCCUUUCUUCUCUGCAAGAAAUUUCUUCUGACCUGGUCUGUGGCAUUAAUCGAGACUGUGCCAACACCAUCAUCAAAUUCUUACUGGAAAAACAGAAAUGGCCUGAAGUGCUUCUGCUGCUCACCCGCAAAAUAAGUGGGGAGCCACCACUUGGAGAUUGCCUUAUGAAAAACUGCAACUUCUCGGACCUCGACAUCUGUACUGUUGUCCCUCUCCUCAGUGCCUGGGACCAGCGGAAGACACUGCUCCUGGGCUGCCUGAUAGACAAUGGAGCCUUGCCUGAUGGUCUCCAGGAGAACCAGGAGAGGCCACUUGUCAUGAGCCUGAAACAUGAGGACUUCGAGUUGGCUCUUCUUCUCUUGACCAAGGGUGCAGACCCCCGUGGUUUUUCUCUCACAGAAGGUGAUACUCCUUUGCAUGCAGCACUCCACAUCUUUCUAGAUAUCAAUGCUGACAUUGGUUUUAGCUUCCUCAGCCACCUGUUGGAUCUAUUCUGGUUCAAUGCCACUGAAUUUUGCUACCUCAACCCCAACAUCCAGGACAGCAAUGGGAACACGCUGAUGCAUAUCGUCUUUCAGAGGGGCAUGCUGAAGCGCAUGAAGAAGCUGAUAGACCUGCUGGUAAAGUUUGACAUCAACUUGAACCUGAAGAACAAAGAGGGCAAAGAUGCACGGCACCGGAUUAAGAAGAAUGACUCUCUACUCUUGGCCUGGAACAAAGCUCUGAUAGAGAACAAGCGGAAUCGCCGGCAGGACUCUGCUGCGCACCAGGGGAAGCUCUCAAAGUCCACUGCCCCUGGCCAUCCAUCUCAGAUCAGACCCCAGGGUUCACUCAAGUCAUUGCCAUGUGAUGCCACUGCCAGAACUGAGUCUGAAGGAGGUGCAGUUCCUGACAGCUGGGAGACACCCCUGGAUUCCCAGAUGACCAGGCGAGAGCCUAGAGCCAUCAGGCCACACUCUCUGAGAGAUGAACUUGUACAGGACAUCACAUUUUUGAUUCAACAGGUUGAAGUGGCUAUAUCUCUCCUAGAGGAUUGUCCUCAGCACCCCGAGCAUCUGGAGGUAGGAGCUGGCAUGGAAGUACAGAAAGAUGAGCUCCAGCCAACCCUGAGUGCAGGGGACUCUGACUGUAGUGGGAACAGUUUUGUCAUCCCUGAAUUAGGGGAAGGACAGGCUCAGGCAGGGCUUGAGGUGUUGCAGCUCAUUCCUGCUGCUAACAGGAGGAGGGAGGGUAGUGAUGAUCACGAUGACUGGAGCAUGCAGGAGAUUGAGACCUGCCUCCAGGACUUUGAUAAUAUGACCUGGGAGAUUGAGUGCACAUCAGAAAUGCUGAAGAAACUGUCCAGUAAGGUAAUGAGCAAGGUCAUGAAGAAGAAAAUCAUCCUUGCCAUACAGCAGCUGGGAAAUGGUGAGUGGACCCAGGGCCUGCAGAAGCGACUGAAGCACCUGAAAGGAAGCAUCCAGCUCUUCGAAGCUAAGUUGGACAAAGGAGCCCGGAUGCUGUGGGAGCUUGCCAUUGACUUCUCCCCUCGAUGCAGUGAGGACCCAGAGAAGAUCAUUGCCAUGGAGCAAAAUACCUACUCCAUGGAGAAAUCGGGACGGGUCUACACAGAAAUCAUCCGGAUUUGGGACAUCGUCUUAGAUCACUGCAAACUGAAAGAUUCCAUCAGGGCCAUUUGCAUUGCCUACAACCGGGGCUUGUCUUGUGUCUUGCGGAAGAAGCUGAAGGGUAUCAGUAAAGGCCAAGUGUCAGCUAACAUGAAAAUCCAGAAGCGUAUACCUCGCUUCUAUGUGGAGGACACCGAGGCAGAGAAGGGCAGGAUGUAUGUUGAUCCCGAGUACUUCCCCCCAGCCAGUGUGGUGGAGACAGAGUACAACAUCAUGAAGUUCCACAGCUUCAGCACCAACAUGGCCUUCAACAUCCUCAACAACAUGACAGCAACAGUAGAGUACCCCUUCCGGGUGGGCGAGCUCGAGUACGCAGUGAUUGACCUCAACCCCAGGCCGCUGGAGCCCAUCAUCCUCAUUGGGCGGAGUGGAACUGGCAAGACCACCUGCUGCUUGUACAGGCUGUGGAAGAAAUUCCAUGCUUACUGGGAAAAAGCUGAUCAGGCAGAAAGCCCGUUGCUGGUCAAACAGACCUGGUCAAAGAGAAGGCUGGAAGCGGAACCUGGAAAAGAGGGUCCAGGUGGGGAGGAAGAGGGGGAGGAGGAAGAGGCUGAAGAAGAGGAAGAGGAAGGUUCCAUCCAAGUGGAAACCGAAGACAGCACAGAUGAGGAGCAGGAGGGUGAAGUCUGUGCAGGUGGAGCCGGUGUGGAGCCUGUGGGGGAUGGCCAAGUGGCAGAAGUACAUGUGCCAGAACAACCCCACCAGUUGGAGCAUUUACAUCAGAUCUUCGUGACCAAGAACCACGUCCUGUGUCAGGAGGUACAAAGGAAUUUUAUUGAGCUUUCCAAAUCUACCAAGGCCACCAGUCACUACAAACCACUGGAACCCAAUGUUCACAAACUCCAGGACCUGAGGGACGAGAACUUUCCUCUGUUUGUCACUUCCAAACAGCUGCUCCUUCUGCUUGAUGCUUCUCUGCCCAAACCAUUUUUUCUGAGGAAUGAGGAUGGAAGCUUGAAAAGAACCAUUGUAGGAUGGUCCACGCAGGAAGAGUUGGUUAUCCCCAAUUGGCGAGAGGAUGAGGAGGAGGCUGAGGUGGACGGGGACUUCAGCGAGGAGGAUAAAACUGUAGAAGCUCGCACAGGUGACAGUGACCCCCGGGUAUACGUGACGUUUGAGGUGUUCACCAAUGAAAUAUGGCCCAAGAUGAUUAAAGGGAAGACCUCCUACAACCCUGCACUGAUUUGGAAAGAAAUAAAAUCUUUUCUGAAGGGUUCUUUUGAGGCCCUCAACUGUCCCCUUGGGAGACUCACUGAAGAAGCAUAUAAGAAACUAGGGAGAAAACGGUCCCCCAAUUUCAAGGAAGACCGGAGUGAGAUCUACAGCCUCUUCUGUCUGUAUCAGCAGAUCAGGUCCCAGAAAGGUUAUUUUGAUGAAGAGGAUGUUCUGUACAACCUAUCCCAGAGGCUGUCAAAGCUCAGGGUGCUCCCAUGGUCCAUCCACGAGCUCUAUGGCGAUGAGAUUCAAGAUUUCACCCAAGCUGAGUUGACAUUGCUGAUGAAAUGCAUCAAUGACCCCAAUGCCAUGUUCCUCACGGGGGACACAGCCCAGAGCAUCAUGAAGGGCGUGGCUUUCCGCUUCAGUGAUCUGCGCUCUCUGUUCCACUAUGCCAGCAGAAACACCACAGACAAGCAGUGUGCCGUCCGGAAGCCCAAGAGGAUCCACCAGCUGUACCAGAAUUACAGGUCCCACUCAGGAAUCCUCAGACUGGCAUCUGGAGUGGUGGAUUUACUUCAAUUCUAUUUCCCAGAAUCUUUUGAUCGCCUUCCGAGGGAUUCUGGCCUGUUUGAUGGUCCCAAACCAACGGUCCUGGAGUCUUGUAGUGUAAGCGACUUGGCAAUUUUGCUACGAGGGAAUAAAAGGAAAACCCAGCCCAUUGAAUUUGGAGCCCACCAGGUAAUCCUUGUAGCCAAUGAAAUGGCAAAGGAGAAAAUUCCAGAAGAGCUGGGGCUAGCACUUGUACUAACAAUUUAUGAAGCAAAAGGCUUAGAAUUUGAUGAUGUCCUCCUUUACAACUUUUUUACUGAUUCUGAGGCUUACAAGGAGUGGAAGAUCAUAUCCUCAUUCAUACCUUCAUCAUCUGACUCCAGAGAGGAAAACAAGCCACUGAUUGAAGUGCCCCUGGAGAAACCAAGGUCCCCUCAGGGUCGGUCUGUCAUGGUAAACCCAGAAAUGUACAAGCUCCUCAAUGGAGAGCUGAAGCAGUUGUAUACUGCUAUCACACGGGCUCGGGUCAACCUCUGGAUCUUUGACGAAAACCGAGAGAAACGGACUCCUGCGUUCAAAUAUUUCAUUAGAAGAGACUUUGUCCAAGUUGUGAAGACAGAUGAAAAUAAAGACUUUGAUGAUAGCAUGUUUGUUAAGACCUCAACUCCAGAGGAAUGGAUCGCCCAAGGAGAAUAUUAUGCCAAGCACCAGUGCUGGAAGGUUGCAGCCAAGUGUUACCAAAAAGGAGGGGCAUUUGAGAAGGAGAAGUUGGCUCUGGCUCAUAACACUGCCCUGAACAUGAAAUCCAAGAAAGUCAGCCCCAGGGAAAAGCAAUUGGAGUAUUUGGAACUGGCUAAGACCUAUCUGGAGUGCAAGGAGCCAACACUAUCCCUUAAGUGUCUGGGCUGUGCCAAGGAGUUCCAGCUCUCUGCUCAGCUUUGUGAGAGGCUGGGAAAGAUAAGAGAUGCUGCCUAUUUCUAUAAGCGAAGCCAGUGCUACAAAGAUGCUUUCAGAUGCUUUGAGCAGAUACAGGAAUUUGAUCUAGCACUCAAAAUGUACUGCCAAGAGGAGCUUUUUGAAGAAGCUGCUAUUGCAGUGGAAAAGUAUGAAGAAAUGUUAAAGACCAAGACCCUUCCCAUUUCCAAGCUCUCCUAUUCUGCUAGUCAGUUUUACUUGGAAGCUGCUGCCAAGUACCUGAGUGCAAAUAAGAUCAAGGAAAUGAUGGUUGUCCUCUCGAAGCUAGACAUAGAAGACCAACUGGUGUUCCUGAAGUCUCGGAAACGCUUAGCAGAGGCUGCAGACUUGCUGAACAGGGAAGGUAGGAGAGAGGAAGCUGCCUUGCUGAUGAAGCAACAUGGCUGCCUCCUGGAGGCUGCCAGACUCACUGCUGACAAGGAUUUCCAGGCUUCGUGUCUGCUGGGCGUCGCCCGCCUCAAUGUGGCCAGAGAUUCUGACAUAGAACAUACCAAGGUCAUUCUGAGAGAAGCACUUGAUCUCUGCUAUCAAACCCGCCAGAUGUCUGGCAUUGCUGAGGCCCAUUUCCUGCAGGGAGUAAUACUGAGAGACUUUCAGAAACUCAAGGAUGCCUUCUUCAAGUUUGAUACGCUCAAUCAUUCAGCCGGAGUAGUAGAAGCCCUCUACGAGGCAGCUAGCCACUGUGAGGCUGAGUCUGAGAAGGUUCUGGCCCUGGCUCCAGGGGGCUUGGAAGUCCUUCUCAAUCUGGUCAGGGCCCUCAAAAGAGUGACAAACAAUGCUGAAAAGGAAAUGGUCAAGUCCUGCUUUGAGUUUUUUGGGAUUUCCCAGGUGGAUGCCAAGUAUUGCCAGAUAGCUCAGAAUGACCCUGGGCCCAUAUUAAGAAUAAUUUUUGACCUGGAUUUGAACUUGAAAGAGAAGAAAACAAAAGAUUACUUUUUGAUAAUGACUGACCUAGUGAAAUUAGCCCUAAACAAACACCUUUUGAGCAGGCUGUGUCAGAUCACACAAAGCCUGCUUGGGAAGACCUUCCCAGGGGUCUGCAUGAAGUUUAUUGUAGGCUUAAAAUGUAAGGAUGAAAACUGUAAAGAUUUUCACAGGCCUCUGCGGCGUUGUGAGGCCAAGUGCUUAGUUCAGUCGAAAAUAAACCUGGUGGCAAUCAAGGGAUUGCUUCUGGAAGCUAAAAAUGUAUUCCCUAACAUCUUGGCUGAAGAACUUGGAACAAUUGAUUAUAUUUUGUCUACAGAUAUGUAUGACCUUUGCAAAUCCUUCCUGAAUGUCCUCUUCCCUAAGCAUUUCCAUCAGAGAGUGUUGUCAGAAAACCCCAUGGCGUGCAAAGAAAUUCUCAAACCAAGUUACAAAUCCUUCCGAUCUUUCAGGUUUGCUUUGAAAGAGUAUAUCCACUUACUGUUUCAAAACGAAACGGCCCGCAGCCGCCGAGAAUCCACAGACCUGUGGCUGAGUGCCAUGCAGGCUUUCCUUCUCUCCUCCAGCUACCCGGAGGAAUUUGAAAAAUUACUCCAUCAGGAGGAGGACAACUACAACAGAGAGCUCAAAACUCUAGAGUCUGAAAAAGAGGAAAGGGGCAGGGGGAGAGGCAGCAGGGUGAAAGGAAUUGAAGGGAAAUUUGGCAUGUUGGUGCCCAACAAGGAUGACAGAAAUUCUGACAAGACCCACCUGUGUUUCAUCCGACUGCUGGAGAAUUGCAUCGACCAGUUCUAUGUGUACAGGAACCCAGAAGACUACAAGAGGCUCUUUUUUCGUUUCAUGAAUUUCCUCAUCAAGAGGUGCAAAGAACCACUCAUCCCCAACAUUGGGAACACAGUGGCCCUGCUAGAGUUCCAGUUUGUCCACUGUGGGGUAGUGCUGGCCCGCCUCUGGAAGAACGCCAUCCUGUGCCUCCCCAAGAGCUACAUUGCACUUUUGCACUACUGGGAGUUCAUCUUUAGCAAGAAGGACAAGGAGUCUGGGGAUGUGUUCUCCAUCAUUCAGGAAUACAAACCGAAGGAUGUAACAAGAGCCAUUCAGAAAUUCCGGUUCCACCUCACUUACCUCGUCAGGGUGCUGUGUGGCUCUGAGAAUGUGAACUUCAACGUUCUGCUUGAUGCUUUCAGUGAAAUAGACUAUGUGGUUUCGGGUGAGGCUGAGCGGACACUGGUGUUGUGCUUGGUGAUGCUAGUGAAUACCAAGGAGAUCGUACAGCCAUACUGCAAGCCUCUCUUGUACUGCCACUUCCAGGAGAUUGAGAAGAGGCUGCAGCUCAUGAGUAUGGACUGCCCAGACCAGGUUCCCGAGAGGCUCCUGAAGGUGGUGAGGCAGGUGUUGAUGGCAACCAACGUGAAGUCUGUGGCUGAGGCACUGCAGGACCUGCUCUUGGAGCGGGAUGAAGAGUACCUGAUGGACUGCCACUGGAGGUGGGAUAGCGUGCACACCAAAGGGUCUGUGGUCCGCGGCCUCUAUCAUGAGGAGGUUAAGCUAAACCGCUUGCUUUGUGUAGAACCCGUGGACCACUCUGCCGAGCCUGAGUGUGAGUUUGGUCAGGAUGAGACAGAUGAGCUGGCAUUGGAAGACCGAGACCAUGUCCUGGCCACCAUCCUUUCUCAGAAGCAGCGGAAGGCCUCCAUCCAGCGGAAGUUGAGAAGGGCAUGCCUAGUGGUAUCCCUGUGCAUCAGUUGGAGGAGAAGAGUGGGAGCCCAGACGGAGCAUGUCAGGGAGGAGGCCAGGGACCCUGGGGCCGGGAACUUCAAAAAGGCUGAUGUGGACAGGACCCAGUGUGACCUAUGUGGGGUGAAGUUCACCCGGAACCCUGAGAACUAUUUCAGCCCCAGUAAAGCAUUUGAGGGUGUGGCUUCAGAGGCUGCGGUCCUUUCCAGAGCCGAGCUGGAAGGGAAGGAGUGUCAGGAGAGGAACAGCGAGACUUAUGAGCAGCACAUCCAGCUGGAAAGCCACCAGAGGCAGCAAGUGGCCUACCAGAAAUACUCGGAAUUUUUCCAUGAGCAGGUGGACCCAGCCAUUGAUGAAGGCAGGCUGGUGGUGCAGGACAUUGAGCAGAGCGUGUGGAUCCACAGUCACGUAGGCUCUAAGGAGCAUAGCCACAUGCUGCAGAGGAAGGUCCAGGAGCACAUCAAGAGGGUUUCAGAUACAGUGGAAGACCUCUACAGACGAAAGGCCUGGGCUGGCGCGGAGGAGGUGAUGACUCGGCUGGUCAACAUUCUGGUCCAGUCAGUCGGGAAUGCACGAGAGUGGCUGAUGAAAACAGAGUUCCACUUAAACAAAGAAGGUAUCAUUCAGGAAGAUGAUUAUGAAAAUGAAGUUGAAGACUUUGGUGAGCUCCGUCCUAGAAUGCGUUCACGAAAAUGUGGAAAACAGAGAAAAUACUAAUGUUCACAUAACUGCUGCCUCCUAAACCUUCAGAACAUUCCAUUCUGACUUAGAAUUCUGAGUGCAGGAGCAGAAGAGAAAAAGAAUGUGAAUAAGUGUUUAAAAAAAGGAGGAGAGUCUAACAACACUUUUAAAAUUGUUCUUUCAGUGAUAGCUUAGAGUCUGAUUGCUCCCUCACCUUCAGGGACCUCAUAUGUGGUUUCCAAAUGAAGUCUAGCAGAAUAGUCCCCCCCACAGAGUGUUCAGGGAGAGGAAUUGUAGCUGAAAGGAAUAUUGAGACUCCUCACUCCAGAGUCCCCAGUCUCUCUGGCUCAUCCCCAUCAUGACACAGGAGUCAGUAGCAGGGGACUGAGUGUUUAAGAGGACACAUCUCCCUCACAGUUGCUGCUGCUCUGGGCCAGGAAGUCCUCUAUGCCUUCCCUUAUCUCCUGCCACACUCCUGCAACAUCAAGUAGUACAAGAGCUGUGUGCACCCAGGGUCCACGUGGGCCCCACCACCAGCCACCCCGGCCUCAGGCCACAUUCCAGUCAUCUCUGAGCCCUCUUGUAAUGUAGUUUCUUCUGUUCUAUAUGUUAGCCUUUUCUCUCUGUGGCAACUUUUUGCCCUUCUUCCCUCCAUUUUUUGGGCCUGGCGUCAGCUACCCGUGCAAGUUAUGAUUAGAUUACCUCAGAUUGUAGUCAAGAAUUCACCCAGUGUUCUUUGGACACACUUUUCCUAGAGGAAAAGGCUAGGAAUAUUGCUGGUGGUGUUCCUAGUCUGCUUCCCCAAAGUAGUCCUAACUCUGCCUUGGCUGUGGUGCAAACAUUCCAAAAAAGUGUUUGGUAUGCAGUCCUAUACAUCUAGCUUUUAAAUUCUCCCUGGCAAGUUUGCCACCCUAGAGUAUGUUGAUAUUCUGAUGAGUUACCACCCACUGAGCUCACCGUGGUGGGACAGUAACCUGCACAGCCACAGGUUUGGAGCAGGUGACAGAUAAGGAAGCCAGCUGUACAGCGCCAGUCCUUCGGGAUUUGGCUAUGAAUCACUGCCACAUGGCUGAUAGGCCCUGUAAGAGGGUGGGAUGGGCCUGUGCACAGGAGGCCAUUGCUUCUCCCUCCACCCACUGACCAGCAGUCAUCAGUAUGGCCCCACUUGGGAAACCUUCAGGCCUCUCUGAUGGUUACUGCCCACCCUUGUCCCGCCCCUCAACUCAGCUUGGUGUCAGGUUCACAUUGGUGUUUGAUUGUUUUGUCCUCAUAGCAGAACCAAUUUCUCCCCAUGUUGCUGCUGCCAUUGCUGCUUGCUGUUUUCUCUUGUUUUUCUAAAUGACUCUGUUUCCUUGAAAUGGUUAUGUUUCCAAUUUAUAUUCCAGGUGUUUUAAAACAAACUUUACUUGACAGAAAAAAGAAACAAUACCCCGAUCAAAUCUUGCUGUAUUGUCAUAGUUUUGUAAAAUUAAAUCAUGUCUCUUACCUGC